UGGUUUGCUGUGUUUAUGUUAACCUAAAAAAAUGGGUCUUAAUUUUUGUAAUUUCCAGUAUUUUCUUAACUAAUAUAUUAAAAUGGUAUAACAAAAUUAUAACACUUUACAAAAAUGGACAUUUUUGCCUUGCUGUUUUUGUCGUGUAUUUGUAUUUUAUUGGGAAUAAUAAUAACAUUAGUGGCUCAAUACUACCUGUUCUUAAAAUAUUUGAAAAUCAAUUCGAAAAGUGUGUCUCAGGAUUCAGGAGAGGAAAAUACAAAACAAGAACCAUUUCAACUGCCAGAAGAAUUACAAGAACAGUUAGAAAAUGAAGCCCUUCCUGAUGGUUUUAAUUGUGGCCUACCAAUUACUUUGCUAUUCCAAUUCCUUUUUUAUGAACUAAGGCAUUCUGAUGCUAUUAAAAGAUGGUUUUACAAAAAACUGUCUCUAGAAUUUGAUGAGCUAGUGACUAAAACUACAACAGGAAAAUUUUUCGAUGCUGUUACUAUAAAAGAUAUUCAUUUAGGAUCACAGUUUCCUAUUCUAAAAAAUAUUGGAAUUGAUAGUGUUAAGUUAGAUAAAUCUGAAGGCAACAUUGAGACUUUGACACUAACAGUUGAUGUAGAUUACAGAGGUAACUUUUCACUGUCAGUAAAUGCUAGAAUGAAAUUUGGAAAAACUGCCUACUUGUCUAUUAAAGUUAAAAAAUUGUGUGGAACAAUAAGACUCCAGUUUACAAGGAUUCCAUACAGCCACUGGUCCUUUAGCUUCUGUCGUGACCCAUUAAUUGACUUAGCUGUUCAGUCUCAAUUUCAAGGAAGACAACUACAGUCAAAUAUCACAAGUUUAAUUGUUCAUCAAAUUAAAAAGGCCAUUAAAAGAAAACAUACUUUACCCAAUUAUAAAAUUAGAUAUAAACCAUUCUUUAUAAAAACUGAUCCAGGUCAAGUGGAUAUUGAUGACUACGAAGUAGUUUCCCAAGGAAACUUACAAAUUGAAUGUUUAGAAGUAAGUAGAUUGGAAGUGUCCCCAGAUGUUCAAAAAGUAUAUACAACAUUUGCUGUUGACACGUUUGCAUGGAUCAGUGUUUACCAAGGUGACGAUUACUUUGUGAUGUUACUCGAACUAACGGUGACAAAAUUUCGACAACAACAACUUGGGGCAGCGUUUAAACUAGAACGUAAUCUCAUUGUGAUAGAAUCUCUUGUUCCACAAACUCCGGCUGUUAAUUGUGGUUUAAAAGUGGGUGACGUUGUCGUGACCGUCGAUGGUAAGUCAGUUGUGUCAUUGGCCCAAGCAAACAAAUUGAUAAAGUCAACUUCAACUUGUUGUUUUCGAGUACAAAGGAAAGUGAACAAUUAUGUGAUAAAAGAGAAAUUUUUGAAGACAGAAGAAAAAACACCUGUCAAAUGUUUGAAUAAGGAUGAGAAAUAUCAAGAAGAUUUCGAAAUCGUGGAAGAAUCUGUUAAGCCAAAGAUACCUGAAGAAGUAUUGGAUUCUGGUAAAAAGUCACGAAGUUUCACCGGGUUAGAAAGAAUCAAGAGUAGCGACAAAAUUCCAAAAAUACUCACGAGCAAUAGUGAGAAUAUGUCCAAAAUCGCCCAAACCAUUGGCAGUUUCACCCUCAGAAAACGUAAAAUUUCAUCCUCGCCGGGAGACAAUAUCCCCACUACCACCACCAGUUCACCACAGCAUUCGAAUUCUAAAUCCAACUACAUUCCUAUUCCUUCCGUAUGCAUUACAAAUCCCAGAAAAUUGUCCUUUUCUGAAUCACAUGAGAAUUCAGUGGAAACUGAAACGAUUGAAAUUUUGAAAGGACAAACAAAGGAUUUAAACACUGUGAUAAAAUUUAAUGACGAAUACUCGUUUAAUCUGAGGGACACCCACAAAUAUUUGAACGUGAACGUGUGGGGUGUGACUGCCUCUAACAACGAAAUUUUGUUGGGAUACGUGAAUGUUCCUGUUGUCCAAAUUCUUAACGAAUUUUCGUGCUCUCUGUUAGGAUACAGUACCAUGACUUAUCCUUUCUUGCCCCCAAAUAUAUCUACCGCAAGCCAAAACCAUCCUUUGACAAGUCAUUCUGGCUUCGAACAGGUGUUCUGUUAUGGAGAUAUAGUUCUAUCGUUUAUAUGGAACGGCGAAACUGAAAUAAAACGUAAAAAUCCUGUUGCUUCUUCUGAAAACGAUCUCAAAAAGCCGUUUGUCUCUUCUACUAAACACGACUUUGUUAGGAUGCAAUUUAACCGUACUACUCAUUGCGGAUUUUGUGCAAAAAAGAUAUGGUUGAAAGACGCUGUGCAAUGUAAAGAGUGUACUCUGGCUUGUCACAAGAAAUGUAUGUCUAAGUGCCAAAUGAAUGUGCCUUGCGAACCCGUCGAAAAAGUUAUCGAAGCCCUGGACUCUAUACAACCAGAAAUUACAAUGAGUGAACCCCUAGAUGACGAUUUCGUAACCAUUGAGUCCACAUACCAUGUCGAAGCUAAAGAAGAAAAUGGUCUAAAGAGAGUUAACAGUGCUAAAAAUCUGAGUGUUCCUGUGGAAUAUUAUGGACAACUACAAUCCAAAAGUUUGCCUCAAUCACCUCAAAGAACACCAAGGAAACAAUCUUUAGUUGCUAACACCAAUUCGUUCCUAAUGUGCCCGAAAAUUCUCGAAGAAAUACAAAAUCAAAAUCCUCAGCAAAUCACAGAAAGCAUUCUUCAUAUGGUUGACGAAAUUCUAAUGUAUCCCUCGGAUGAAUCUUUAAUGGACGAGGCAAAAGAAAGUGGCAUGCAACUUUACAUGGACAUACCCAUGGAAGUUAAAGUGGAGAAGAUAAAUUUGAUGGUUUCAGAGUUGAAAAGGGUACUGGACUCUACAACAAUUGAACAUAUGGAAAUGUGCAAACAACUGAGCAGCACCGAGUCAGACGUUGAAAAAGCUCGGCUUGCAUUCCUUAUAGGACAAGCCGAUGCCAAAAUACAAGGCCUAACCGUACUCAUGCUCCACUAUUGUUCUGGCCUACAGCACACCCAAGAAAAAAUAGUAUAAAUCGUAAUUGUUAUCAAAAAUUUACAGCACAUCGUUAAUAGCAUUUAAUGUAGAAAAGAUAAAAAAGAUAACGUGGUCGAUGUUGUUCAAUAAAAUCGAUAAGAGACCAAUUAAAAAGGAUUAUGCACCACAGCGUCUGUCGAUUUUAGUUUAAAAACGAAAUCCAUAAUUAUAUUUUAAAAAAAUAGCAAAACCGUAGAAUAUUCCUUCUUAAAAGAAAUGGUUUAGCACGAAAUAAUCUUUUUGUUUCUAAAUAAAGGUACUAAUUAUUUUAAAAUUCAUAGUAAAAUUAGUAUCUUUUCCUAUUAUCACGAUGUUAAAGAUUAGCUGGCUUUAACUAUUUCAUCCCCCUAGGGUCAUUUUUCCAAAGCCUGGUUGGACACGCACCUGCACUCCCCCUAUCUUCAUCCAAACUUCGCAUUUCCCAAGAACUAGAACAUUACA